CAAUCUUACGAUGGCACGCCAUGUCAUUUUUUCCCAGCAAUUGCACACUACAGGCUCUAGUGCUCGUCAAGAGUAUGAUGCUGCUAUGACUCAGGCGAUCGGUCGGUCCCGUAGACCGAAUCAAGGCGGCCUUGUCCAGGUGUAUGAGGCCUUGACUACAAACACCAUCGAGGUUGAUUACAGACAGCAUCGUGGUCACUGCAUCCUCCAGUCUCAGAACGGCUCCGAUGUCUUGAUUGAAGAACAAGCACCCACUGGAUCCUCCUAUUAUGGCCCACUUGCAAGUUCCAUUGCUCAUCUUAUUUCAUUCGAUAGAUAGACAAUUCAACUUGGGUCGCUGGCUCAUAAAAUCCUUGAGAGUUAGCAACCCCUUUCAAUACAAACGUCACAGUAAGUCUUCCUGCAAGAUAUCGCUUCUCCUAAGAGUCCAAUCUAAUUUCGAACCUAGAUUUGGUUGUCUUUCAAGCCUUCUGUUGGUAUGAUGACGCUACCUUGGGCAUUGGAUCUUAGUGGUGGAUAUCGUACGAUGAACUGUUGAUUACACUUUUCGCUUUCUUUCCUUCACAAAAAUGGUGCUGAUGUAUUACGAAUAGAAUGAUUGAGGUGCGAUAGACAUGUCUCUGCAUGACGCAAAACUUGAAAUAGAAUCAUGGUGGUAUGUACGAAUAGGUCAGAAAUGCAAGUGGCCGCAACCCCAAUGAUUGUGUGCUCCUUGCUGUGAUGCUGUGAUUUGUG